AUGUUAUUAGGCAAACCAAAGGCGUCGCUCACACCUCAGCCUUGUCGUUGUGCAGUUAGCAGCAAUUAUUUCUACGUGGAUCCCGAAUCGUCAGAGUUUGAAGAUGACGUUAUCGUUGUCAGAGGAUACAGCAGAUCACACAGCAUACAGUACAGAGCACACUGCAGAGCACACAUCGGAGCACACAGCAGAGCACACAGCAGAGUGAACAGCAUGCGGUUCAAGGCGAUUCUCACGACGGACGGAGUGACGCUCCUCGAGCAACGCUUCCUGCCGGCGUUUGAGCGCAUAGGGCGGGUGUGCCACGUGUACCUCACUCCUUCAGACGUUUUCCUCCUGCACAACGUGCUCUCCGCUGAUGGUGUGCAGGCCAUCGCACAGUUCCCCACUGCCGAGCUGUUCUCGGAGCAUCUCAUCAGCAGCGCCAGUGCCGACCGCAUUGCCUUCUCGCUCGACCUCUCGCUGCUCGCCCGCGCCCUCCGCUCCUCGCUUGCCACCGCCGCCACGCGCCACCAGCUCAAGCUCGUCAAGAAGAGCACCAACCCCUCCACGCCCGCGCUGCCCUUUUUAUCUCUCGAGGCUCAGGGCGAGCGGUCGAGCAUCGUGCAGGACAUCCCCAUCUCGACGCCGCUGCCGCGCUCGCAGCUGAACGAGCUGCAGGCUGGCAUCGACCUCGUGCACUCGCUGCCUGAGCUGAACGAGCUGCAGGCUGGCAUCGACCUCGUGCACUCGCUGCCUGAGGUGAGGCACUCGCUGCCUGAGCUGAACGAGCUGCAGGCUGGCAUCGACCUCGUGCACUCGCUGCCUGAGGUGAGGCACUCGCUGCCUGAGCUGAACGAGCUGCAGGCUGGCAUCGACCUCGUGCACUCGCUGCCUGAGGUGAGGCACUCGCUGCCUGAGCUGAACGAGCUGCAGGCUGGCAUCGACCUCGUGCACUCGCUGCCUGAGGUGAGGCACUCGCUGCCUGAGCUGAACGAGCUGCAGGCUGGCAUCGACCUCGUGCACUCGCUGCCUGAGGUGAGGCACUCGCUGCCUGAGCAACUGAACGAGCUGGAGGCUGGCAUCGACCUCGUGCACUCGCUGCCUGAGGUGAGGCACUCGCUGCCUGAGCUGAACGAGCUGCAGGCUGGCAUCGACCUCGUGCACUCGCUGCCUGAGGUGAGGCACUCGCUGCCUGAGCUGAACGAGCUGCAGGCUGGCAUCGACCUCGUGCACUCGCUGCCUGAGGUGAGGCACUCGCUGCCUGAGCUGAACGAGCUGCAGGCUGGCAUCGACCUCGUGCACUCGCUGCCUGAGGUGAGGCACUCGCUGCCUGAGCUGAACGAGCUGCAGGCUGGCAUCGACCUCGUGCACUCGCUGCCUGAGGUGAGGCACUCGCUGCCUGAGCUGAACGAGCUGCAGGCUGGCAUCGACCUCGUGCACUCGCUGCCCCAGCUGAACAAGCUGCAGGCUGGCAUCGACCUCGUGCACUCGCUGCCUGAGGUGAGGCACUCGCUGCCUGAGCUGAACAAGCUGCAGGCUGGCAUCGACCUCGUGCACUCGCUGCCUGAGCUGAACGAGCUGCAGGCUGGCAUCGACCUCGUGCACUCGCUGCCUGAGGUGAGGCACUCGCUGCCUGAGCUGAACGAGCUGCAGGCUGGCAUCGACCUCGUGCACUCGCUGCCUGAGCUGAACGAGCUGCAGGCUGGCAUCGACCUCGUGCACUCGCUGCCUGAGGUGAGGCACUCGCUGCCUGAGCUGAACGAGCUGCAGGCUGGCAUCGACCUCGUGCACUCGCUGCCUGAGGUGAGGCACUCGCUGCCUGAGCUGAACGAGCUGCAGGCUGGCAUCGACCUCGUGCACUCGCUGCCUGAGGUGAGGCACUCGCUGCCUGAGCUGAACGAGCUGCAGGCUGGCAUCGACCUCGUGCACUCGCUGCCUGAGGUGAGGCACUCGCUGCCUGAGCUGAACGAGCUGCAGGCUGGCAUCGACCUCGUGCACUCGCUGCCUGAGCUGAACGAGCUGCAGGCUGGCAUCGACCUUGUGCACUCGCUGCCUGAGGUGAGGCACUCGCUGCCUGAGCUGAACGAGCUGCAGGCUGGCAUCGACCUCGUGCACUCGCUGCCUGAGGUGAGGCACUCGCUGCCUGAGCUGAACGAGCUGCAGGCUGGCAUUGACCUCGUGCACUCGCUGCCUGAGGUGAGGCACUCGCUGCCUGAGCUGAACAAGCUGCAGGCUGGCAUCGACCUCGUGCACUCGCUGCCUGAGCUGAACGAGCUGCAGGCUGGCAUCGACCUCGUGCACUCGCUGCCUGAGCUGCCGGAUUGGAUCUGCCGCAUUGGAUCUGCCGGAUUGGAUCCGCCGGAUUGGAUCCGCCGGAUUGGAUCCGCCGGAUUGGAUCCGCCGGAUUGGAUCUGCCGGAUUGGAUCUGCCGGAUUGGAUCUGCCAUCGGUGCGCCAUGGUGGAGUGCCUGCCUGCUCCUGCAUCUGGCACAGUGUGGGCGACGUGACCCUGGUGCAACUGCCUGACCUGCCCUCGCUACACCAUCUGGUGGAGCACCUACAGAGUGUGGGCGACGUGGCUGAUGUGAUGAGAAACACUCCCAUCGGGCCCUCUCCUUGUUUCCCGCUCAUUCAGACCCUGGUGCAACUGCCUGACCUGCCGUCCCUGCGGCAUCUGGUGGAGCGCCUACAGAGUGUGGGCGACGUGGCUGACGUGGCAACGAUGAGGAGCGGUGCACUCGCCAUGCGCACCCACACGCCCUCCAUCACCGUGGCCGCCCAGUUCAAGAACCUCAGAGUCUUUGGGGCUAAUUCAGAGAGCCAGCAGAGUGGAGCGGGGGUGGGGGAGGGCAGCAGGCAAGGGGGAGGGGCAGACGACGAUGAAGACAUAUCGGGGCUGUCCACAAGGCUCAGACAGAUGCAAGCUACAGGCGAUGCUACAGUCGUGUCAGUGAGUGUGAAGCACCUAGCCCGCAGUCUGCAGUGCUACCUCACCCGCCCAGACGCCUCCUAUUGCGGCGUAGCACCCAACGAGGCAUGCCUGCUCAUGAUCUUCCAAUACGCCGCCUCCCCAAUCAGCCUACAGUACCGCCUGCCUCUCCUUGACCCGGGUUAG